GGUGGAGGAAUAUGUCACCUACUUCAUGGACCACGACCCACUAGCCUCCUGGAGACGAGUUAUUGUUGUUCUUGAUAUGAUGAAAGGUAUGGAGAGAAAGAGGGUGCAGAUAAGAUACGACAUCUGGCAGAGUCUGUCACAGACCCCACACUCACUAUCAACAACCUCCGUCACGUCACCUCUUCAGUCCAGGACUGGUAUCGAUCUGGGGAACUAUGACUAUGGUCUUGGUGUUCCUGUUCCUGUGCUGAAUGAGAUCAAGGAGGAUCCUGCCCUGACAGAGGAGGAGAAGAGAACAAAGUUCCUACUCUACUUCCUCCACAAUGUCCCCGAUGGCCUCCUGGGAGAGAGUUGCAGGAGCACUGUACUACAUGAAGGAGGAGAGGGCAUUACAGGCAGUGAAGGAGUUCCUCCCAGUCUCACCAGAGGCCAGUCUCACUCCAGAGAACCUCUCCACAGUUCUAGACAUCAUGAGUGACCAUCUGUGGAGGACGUUUUGUAGAUUUGCCAACAUACCAGAGUCUGAGAUGGACAGGAUCGAGCGAACAGUGUACCAGUGACAGAGAGUGCAAACAGGCCCUCAUUCACUCCUUCAUCUCCUCACAUCCAGCACCAUCCUGGACUCUGGUGGCAUGGGCUCUCUACAUGACUGAGUGGUGGGGGUAUGACGGCAAUGGUGAUGAGACAAGCAGUUGUCUCAAAGCAUUGAAUCUUCUGCAGCAGCUCUUCCCUACUGGGAGAUUCCGCUCCAAACAGAUCUACGAGCAGGAGAUGAAACGAGGCCACAUUGAGCUGGACCUGGACAAAUUGCUGCUGUUUGGCACGGCUGGUAGUGGCAAGACGUGCUCCCUCGCUGCACUGCUCGGAGUGGACCCUCCCACCAUCCGAUGCAGCACUCCACUCAUGAAAAGACCCAUCGAGGUCAUGUUCGUGGACGUCGACGGCAAAAAACAGUGGAAGAUUCGACCACUAGACAAACUGCCAGACGCCAUCGCUGAAGUAAUUCGGUCACGAAUGCUGCAGCAACAGUCAGUGGCACAGAGCAGUGAUGGCCCAGCCUCCCCCGACCAGCAGUCUCCCCACACCGCAGCCAGCCAGUCAGCUCAGCCAACUCCAGAGAAGACGAGUAGCUCCACGUCUGAAGCAGCCGGGAAGAGCACAGCAUCCUCGGAGGAGAAGCCCAGGGCCAGAGAGCGGCAGGAGGCAGAAGGGAGGCUGGAUUCCUUGCUGCUGUCGACUGCGGUGGACGAGGGGUUUGUACAUCUCAUCAACAGUGCUCCUCCCUCCCUGGAGCCCAUCAUGCGACUGAGGCAGAUGUUUGUGCUGGACUCUGGCGGC